GUGAGAAACAUCCCCUUCAUCAUGGCCGAUACUAGAGACAAAGUGUUGCAAGAUUACCGAAAAAAACUUCUUGAGCAUAAAGAAAUCGAUGGCCGACUCAAAGAACUAAGGGACCAGCUGAAGGAAUUGACAAAGCAGUAUGAAAAGUCAGAAAAUGAUCUGAAGGCUUUGCAAAGUGUUGGACAGUUAUUGUUAAAGCUACAAAUGGUCCAAGAUAUGUUGUUGGCUGCAGAAGACAGCUUGAUAAAUCUAAACUAAAACCUGCAACACGUGUUGCUCUUGACAUGACUACGUUGACUAUUAUGAGGUAUCUGCCAAGGGAAGUUGAUCCGUUGGUGUACAAUAUGUCCCAUGAAGAUCCUGGGAAUGUGUCUUACUCAGAAAUUGGCGGACUUUCAGAACAGAUUAGAGAAUUAAGAGAAGUUAUAGAGCUGCCACUCACGAAUCCAGAACUGUUUCAGCGUGUGGGUAUUAUACCACCAAAAGGAUGUUUGUUGUAUGGACCACCAGGGACAGGGAAAACACUUCUAGCAAGAGCAGUUGCCAGCCAGUUAGACUGCAAUUUUUUGAAGGUUGUGUCCAGCUCUAUUGUGGAUAAAUACAUUGGUGAAAGUGCACGGUUAAUAAGAGAAAUGUUCAACUAUGCCAGGGAUCAUCAGCCGUGUAUUAUUUUUAUGGAUGAAAUUGAUGCUAUUGGUGGUCGAAGGUUUUCAGAAGGGACUUCAGCUGAUAGAGAAAUCCAGAGAACAUUGAUGGAGCUGUUGAACCAGAUGGAUGGAUUUGAUACCCUACACCGAGUUAAGAUGAUUAUGGCUACAAACAGACCUGAUACUUUGGAUCCUGCUUUGCUUCGUCCAGGAAGACUUGACAGAAAAAUCCACAUUGAGCUUCCAAAUGAACAGGCCAGAUUAGACAUUUUGAAGAUCCAUGCAGGACCAAUCACUAAACAUGGAGAAAUUGGUAUGUUUGCAAUUCGAGAUGAUCGGGAGUAUGUAAAUCAGGAAGACUUCAUGAAGGCUGUUCGAAAAGUUGCAGAUUCAAAGAAACUAGAAUCUAAGCUGGAUUACAAACCAGUUUAAAUACAUCAUUUUAGUUUAUAGUAGUCUGGUAACUGCAUGGGAUGUAUUGGAUGUAUUUUACACAAUUGAUCUUAAUUUCUGAACUUGCCCUGUAAGAUUUUCUAAUUAAUGGUAAAGUUUAAUAAGUCACUACACAUAACCAGUAAGUUGCAUUGUGUUUUUUUUCCCUUUAAAAUAUUGAAGUAAGAUUUACUUGAAGAAAAUUUCUAUAAAACAUGUAGAACUAUGCUGGAAAGCAGUUUGCAGGCUGUGGAUUAAAGAGCCUUCCCUUA